CCGUCACACCUUCCUUUUCCUUCCGCCCUUUCCUUCCCCUUUCCUUUUUGGAUGGUUCACCGUCCCGCAGAUUCGCGCCUCCUCACCAAUCUCCUCUCUCAGGAAAAGGACCACUCCAAGCAUCUGCACUCCCUCCUCGACAGCUCCAAUGUCGCACUGACAUCACUGGCCGCCUAUGCGUCGGCGUGCCCCCCGCCCGCGUCUCAAGUGAUCCUCUCCGUAGCCGGCUCUCUCGCAGGUGCAGGCGAGGCAUUCCGUGCGUACGCGCUCUCGAUAGAGCGGUGGCGCGACUAUCUGACGGCCCUGAAGGACUUGGAAGACGAAGUGGCCCACAUAAUGCGAGACAGGGAAAUUCUCGUCACCCGUCUCAUAAAAGCUUCCAAAUCCGUCUCCAAGUCCAGCAACAGCAACCGCGACUCACUACUGCCCCCCAGCCCCCACACGAAAUCCUCGUCCACCCUUUCCCUCAAAUCCGACGAGAGUCCCUCCAUGUCCUACACAUCCUCACACACGUUUCUCCACCUGGGCACAAACAAGAAACUGCAAAACGCGCAGGCAGAACUCCAGGCAUGCGAGGCCCACCUCGCGAUAAAGGAGAAGGAACUGGAUGCGAAACGCUUCGGGGCCGUUCGAGACGGACUCGUCGUUCGGUCCAAGGCCCUUGCCGACUGUGGUUGGCGUUGGGUCGAGAUAGGAAAGCACGUCGACAGCGUUUUGAAUGAAGGCGCCGCUCCUUCUGCCAGCGACAAGGACACGCCGCUUCCCCCUCCGUCUUCACCGACUCUCGCAGGUGAACGACGUUCCUCCUCCAUCUCCUCCAUCGCCCCCUCCCAAUCCGCUUCCCAAAUCAACGUCAUAGUCACUCCAGAUCCCGUGCAUCACAUCUACUCCAACCUCGAAGCGCCGCCCUCCAUCUCGUCCACCACCCCUACCGAUCCUGAAAUUCCGCUGCAAAUUCAAAUACCGCCUGCGCACGCGAUCGCCGACACCGGCUUGCCGCGCGCAACCAGCCCUCCUCCACCUCUGCAGAAACACGUCCUCCCGCGGCGGAUCACCGAGGAGGAUUUGGGCUUCCGGAGUGGGUCGCUGGGAAGAAACCCAGAGGACACGAAUAGCAGUAGCGAUGAGGAGGAUGACGAGGCCAAUGUUCGGGUCGUUGAAAAUGCCAGGUUCACCGCGUCGUCGAGUAGGAUCUCUAUUAAGCGAAAGGCAGCGCUGGCCACUCCAACGUCCCCCACAGGUGGCGGUGGUGGUUUCUUUGGUAGCAUCAAAGGGCUGUUCAGCCGCCACGGUCAUAGGAAAGCGGAGAGCGAGCGUGGUGCCGAGGACGACGGCGACGGCGACGACGACGACGAGACACCUACGAGGAGGGGAAGACGACGAGGUCCGAAAGUAUGGCAUACGCGGACCGCGAAGAACAUCAAGAAACUCGAUGUCCACGAGUCCUCCUUUUCAAGGACGCCCGUUCCACCGCCGCUCCCUGCUAUGCCCUCUGCUCCUCCUUCUACGCCCUCAACGCCCAGACCGCGUGUCGUCAGCGAUGUGGUGGGUGGCUCGAGGAGGUUGAAGAAAGGCCGUGGCGCCGCCGCCGCCGCGAGGAACCAAGGCGAUCUCAGCGAGGCAGAGCUGAAAAAUCGGAGACGGAGCACGUCCCUGGAUGGAGGAGGGAUCGUUGAUCUUUCUAUCGGCCAGGCGGAGGAGGGAUGGGUUGAUGGUGGUAGUGGUGGUAGUCAGCGAGAGAAGACGGCGUCCGGAGCGGAUAGGGGAUGGGCGAGUGAUACUGUUGUCGCCGCCGCUGCACCACCACGGAAGACUCGCUCAACUGUGAAGAGGAAACAGUCGAAUCGCAAGUCUAUGCCCAACGCCAACGGACCGGCGGAACUAAGUACAGAUACUAUCCAUACCGGUACUGGGAUGGGAUCCGCUGCAACGAUGCUGAGCCCCCCAUCACCACCGACUUUGUCGAGGAAUUCGUCGCUGGUCAGUGCUUCGAGUGCUCCGGCACGAUUACGUGCCACAUCAUCGGUUAUACCUCCUGUUCCGAAGGCGCCGGAUUCUGUGAUUGGGCGCUCUUCUUCUUCGGCUUCGGUUAUAGUACACAGGAAGAGAGCCAGUCUGGAUGACGGACCUGGGACGGGGAAGACUUGGACUACUACUACUACUACUACUACCAAGGCUGAGAGACGGGCGAGUUCCCCAGUUCAUGUUCCUGCUGGUGGUGGUGCUGGUGGUGCUGGUAUGGGAGAGGGGAGUGUCAGUCUGAUGAGCAUCGUGGAGGAUGUAGCUAGGGCGAACCGGGAGGGAUGGGCUGCUGCUGAUGUUGAUAAGCGCCAGAGCGUGGGAGGAGGCACGGAGAAGCCUGCCGCUCUGAUGGUGGACGUCAAGGCUCCGGCUAUCCCCACCGUGAGGGAGCUACGGAGGAUGGACGCAGAGGCAGCGCUGCAAAGGGGAAGGAAGGCGGCGGCGGCGAUUGAGAUCCCGACGGCUCCCAAGUCGGUAUUUGACGACGAGUCGGGGUCUGAGCCUAAUAAGAUGGUGCAGAGGCCGGCGGUGGUGGUGGUGGUGGCGGCGCCCAAGCCGAGACCGGCUUUGUCUCCCCUGCGUAGUGCGCUGAAGAGCCCGAGUAGGACGCCUUCUCCGAUGAUGCCUGCUGUGGCUUCUCCUCCUCCACCAAGAACCAAUGGCAAGCUGAAUGGUGGUGGCCGUGAUGACGACGCUGCGUCCAUCUCAUCGUACGAGACGGGACACGAGGUGUUUGAAGACGAGAAAACUCCUCCUCCCCCUCCACCACCACCGGUGAAAGACGCCGCGUAUGCGAACCACAUUCACGUGGGUUCCGACGUGUCUGGUGGUACGGCUUCCACCGCAUCGGCAUCGGCAUCGACAGAGGCACCGAGGCGACGGAAGAGCGUGCGGGUGGCGCUGCAGCCGACGUUCUCCACGACACCGCCUGCUGUGGAUUAUGACGACGCGGCGCUGUGGGCACGUGCGAGGGGGUGGAAGGCGGAUGCGGAUGCGGAUGUGGGUGGGGGUGAGGAUGGGGAUGGGGAGAGGGAUAUGUGGGCGGAUUCGAGCGACGAGGAGGAUGGCGAGUACCAGAGGGCUAAAAUGCUGUUGAUUAGGGCUGCGAGGCGGGAGCAGAAGCAGAAGAGUCGGGGUUGA